AUGAAGAAGUGGUGGUCUUUGGUGAUUGAAGGUAAACGGAUGAGAUCGAUUGAUCUAUAUUAUCAGCACCGAAUUGACACUCGUGUGCCCAUUGAAAUCACGAAUCUACCAAGGUUCCUACCUGAGAAUCUGAGAAUUGAGAAUAAUAAAAUGUUGUACGAACGAGUUAGUGCGAUUGCAGUAAAGAAAGGGUGCACUCCAUCACAACUAGCAUUGGCGUGGGUUCACCACCAGGGGAAAGAUGUUGUGCCCAUACCAGGAACCACUAAAAUUGAAAACCUUCAGCAAAACAUUGGAGCUUUAUCUGUGAAACUAACACCACAAGACAUGGCUGAACUUGAAUCUCCACUGGCUUCAAUGACUCAGGUUUAUGCUCUUACAAGAGAAAGGGAUACACUACGUAGAGAGCAAAAUAAAAGAAGUGAUGCCACUGCGCUUUUAAAGGAAAAGGAUGACAUAAUCACUCAAGUUAUGGAAGAGGGUGAAAACCUUUCAAAGAAACAAGUUGUUCAAGAGUCUACAAUAAGAAAACUAUGGGCACAGAUUAGAGAGUUUGAAGAAGAAAAGAAAGGAUUUAUAAGCAAGCUACAGGCUGAAGAGAACAAAGUGGAAAAUUUGAAGAGUAAGAAAGCAGCCACAGAGAAACUGCUGCAAGAAACAAUAGAGAAAAACCAGUCUGAAGUUGCAAUACAAAAGGAAUACUAUCUGAAUGCAUUAAGUGUAGCCAAGGAAGCAAAAGCAGUAGCAGAGGCACGAGUAAAAUGA